UAUCAAAAAUGGGUGUAAAAAGGCAUAAAAUUGCCUUUAUAAUCACUUUAAAGUUAUUGAUAAUUCUAAAGUAGAUUUUACAAGGAAUGUUAUUUUAAAGUUUAUGGAAAGUCAGUACAUUAAAUACACCAUUUAUUUUGGGAAUUAGAUUUUAUUCAAAAGUUGAUUUGGUGUUAAUUGGAUGACUGUUGAAUUAAGUUGUUAAAAUAUUUGAAAGUAUUUUUAAGAACACGGUAUUAUGGGAUGUGUUGAAUUAAUAAUACGACGAUACUGAGUUAACAUGAAAGUAAAUGUACACUUAAAAUCGUUAAAUAUUUGAUCAAAGCUUAGCGCGGCUUUUAAAAAUUCAAAUUGGAAAUUAUCUUAAACAAAACAUUUUAAAGAUAAAAAUAAUAUCAUUUUAAUGGAUUUAUGUUUGACUUUAUACUUAGGCGUCCAUUUUUAUGAGAAUAUCUUUGAUCCGUUAUCUACCUAUGUAAAUGGUAUAAUGUGUGAUGCUACGUUAUAAAGUAAUUAAAAAUAUAUUUCAAGUACGUGAAAGAAAAUAAGGACAACAAAGUUUAGUUUUGAGAGACUAAAGAGCAUUUAGCGUCACAAAAAAACGGAAAGAAAGAUAUUUGAUAAAUAAAAGUUGUGGAUUAAAGUCUGGGUUAAAAAGUAUGUCUGCACCAAUUUCAAUGUCGGAAAUAGAAGAGGGAUACGAAGUGAAAGAUGAUUCUAGACCAUUCUUCCAACGUCAACCAUGUGAGGUCGGCAUUUAUAUUUCUGUGUAUGAAGCGACACCUAUCGACGAAAAAAGCAUUGGUUUACCACAUUUUUUCCGGAUGAAUACAACUGACAUAUUGUACGAGGAAUUCCGAAAAAAGGAUAUUGUUAAAAUCAGAGCAACAUUUGAACACGGAAGAAAACUGACGGACACGUACAUAGAGAGAUUUGAACCAGGAAUUGUAAUGGCAGUAGGUUUCGACACUGUAGAAUCUCUCAAUUCUCUAUGGGCUAUUCACCGGCGAGGGGAAUUGACGUCAUUGAUACAUGACGUCUUGAUUACGUCAGAUGUACUGAAAGCAGCGUCCAUCACUGCAAUUACCAUAGAGACAAAACUUUGGGAUGACGAGUAUGAUGUGUGCAAACAUGACAUUUCAUCCAGGUCUCCUGAAGUGCUCGACAUCCAAUAUAGGCAGCACGACCUAGAUAUGGUGAAGAGGUUGAAGUCUUAUCAAAGUGUCAUUGCCACUGAACUCUCGUCCAUGCGAGAUCUCGACAACGAGAUGGAACUAAAUCGAACAGAUUUUAUGAACUGUAUUCGUAAUCUGCUACCAAACGACACGGAACAAAUUUCUACUUUAAGCGAGUAUGAAGCUUUAGCUAAAUCACAAAAGGCGCGAAAAAUGUAUUACAAAGACCUGCUCGAUUUAUAUUCCACGAUUAUUAAAACAUGGCGCGUCUACUACGACACAUUUCUCUCGGAAAUGGCCACCGAAGUGACGCAUCCGGAAAUGGAAAGGAAAAUUAUCCAGAAAGAGGCUCCUAUGUUUCUCGGAUUACUCAGCCUUGUUCCUUUGGGGGUGGACAGGUUGGCUGAGAUUGAUAUUUUAAUUGACGAAUACAUUCGGGAGUUUAAACUUGGUAACGAAUUGGUCUGACAAUAAAUAAAUGAUUAAAAAUAAAAAGAAAAGCCUGCCAAGAUUCACAUGUUUAGUAUUAUUGUGUAAGACAUAUAAACAAGACACUAUAGGGCCAGUUGUAAAUA